GAGUGAUGUGGGAACCACCUGUUCUGCGUGAAGGACAAGAAAUAAAAUACUUGAUAAAGGGAAGAAACAAAACAUCUGAUAAAUGGAAGCCAUGAAGAUAUCAAAACGGUUCUUUGCUUUUGGGAUUUUGGCAUGCAUAGCUAUUUAUGUUGCUUACAUAAAAUGGCACUUGGAUUCCAAACCAGUCAUGGGAGCAACAGAAGGAGUUGCUGAAAGCAGGGGAGACAAACUGAACCGUCAAGCAGUGACCACAGAUCUCUCGGUCUUUUAUGGAAUUAUGUUUGACGCAGGAAGCACAGGAACUCGCAUCCAUAUUUUUAAAUUUACACAGCAGCCAAAAGAGACUCCCAAAUUAACCCAUGAGACGUUUAAAGCACUGAAGCCAGGUCUAUCCGCAUAUGCCGAUGAUGUCGAAAAGAGUGGCCAGGGAAUAAAAGAGCUCCUGGAGGUGGCGAAGAAGGAAGUUCCUAUGGAGCUGUGGAAGUUUACUCCUCUGGUCCUGAAAGCCACCGCUGGCCUGCGGUUGUUGCCAGGAGAGAAAGCUCAGAAGUUGCUGGCUAAG